AUGGCAACCCGAUGGGGACUCUGCGGUGCCGGGAAGAUCAGUCAUGACUUCAGCGUGGCCAUGAAGACUCUGCCUCCUGCAGAUCACCAGAUAGGAGUCAUUGCAUCAAGGAGCUUGGAGCGCGCCAAAGACUUUGCCAAGAAGCAUGGUAUUCCUAAGGCUUACGGCAGUUACGAGGAGCUGGCCAACGACCCAGACAUAGACAUUGUGUACCUGGGAGUGUUGCACACGGAGCACUGGAGAGUUGGUCUGCUGUUCCUCAAGGCUGGAAAGAACGUGUUGUGUGAGAAACCUUUCGCUAUGAACUCUAGACAGGUGAAAGACCUCGUCGCUGCCGCCAAGAAAAACAACGUCUUCCUGAUGGAGGCCAUCUGGUCCCGCUGUUUCCCUGUUCACGCUGAGGUGCGCAGGCUGCUGGCGGAGGAGGCGGUAGGGGAGGUGAAGCUGGUAAAGGCCUACUUCGGCUCCCCCCAGCUCCACAUCCCCCGCUCGGUGGAGAAGGAGCUGGGCGGAGGAGCACUGCUGGAUAUCGGCGUGUACUGCCUGCAGUUUGUGCUGAUGGUGUUUAACGGAGAGAGGCCAGAGUCCAUCCAGGCCACAGGGGUGCUGCUUGACUCAGGAGUGGAUGAAUCAGUGGUUGUGGUGAUGAAGUUCUCCAGGAAGAAGAUGGCCUUCUGUUCCUUUUCAAUUUCUGCACAACUUCCAAACGAUGCUGUCAUCAGCGGCACUAAAGGCUCCGUUAAAGUUCUAGGCCCCAUGCACUGCCCUACCACACUAGUGGUGAACGACAAGGAGAUGGAGUACCCUCUGCCUGAACCAUGCCUCCCUCUGAAUUUCACCAACAGCACCGGGCUUCGCUACGAGGCAGAGGAAGUGAGGCAGUGCCUGCUUAAGGGACUUAAGGAGAGCCCACGGAUGCCUCUGGCAGAGUCUGUCUUGCUGACAGAGAUCAUGGAUGAAAUCAGGAAACAGGUGGGAGUUGUCUUCAGCCAGGACAGCCAGUGACAUCACUCCAAAGCCGAGCUGUUUCACCUGACCUAAACCUACUCGGAUGGAACGGAGGAAGCUGCUCGGGGCAGGCUUUGGAUCUUUGGCAUAAGCAGCUCACUCAUGGCACUGUGUGGCAAAGCCUGAGCAGACGCAGUGCCAUUGAGAGUAACAUUUUCAACUGCUACUGAGUUACAGAUACAGCCAGCAAAUUAUUGGAACAUGUACAUCUGUUAUUACAGAGUUUGUUCUCUCUAUAUUCUUUUUUAUCAUAUAGAUACACCCAUGAUAACUCCAAACACAGUUAUUGUACCUCAGAGUCACAAUAUAAAGUCACCUUGUAGAUUCUUAAAUCUCGGCUUGAAAACAUAUUUUAAACCAAACAAAUCACAAUGUAAACAAACCGAGCAACCAUCAUGUAAUCAAGUCCUAGGCCCUUUAAAGACAAACCCAGCUGUCACUGUGGGGCGUGUGAAGCGUGUGAUUGAUGAAUCCAAUAAAGGACUGAUUGUGAAAGCCAUGUUUCAUUUCAAAUAUCAUCCGCUGGAGAGGAGA